UCAGGGUUAUCAAGGUGGGAUUCAUUCUGGUAGCCGGCAAUAAGCUGACGAGUAUAUAAAAGGGAACUCUGUACAGUGGAGGCACUAGUCUUUCGACAUGAGGCUACCGCUCCAACUGCAGGUCUUCGGGCUUCUUGCCUGCCUCGCUUUCGCGAGUGCAUCGCCGGGACUAUUUCCCCGGAAUAAAAUCGUGGUUUACAAGUAUUAUGCGGACACGAAAGCAGGAAACAUCGAGCCCGCUCCCUUCGCUUCCCAAUUCGUGAUCACCGGUUUGAUGCAUGUGACACCGGAAUUGCGUGAUCCAACUUUGAAAAACGCCUUCCAUAUUAAUCUUAAUGUUACGCAUGGUAUGCGAAAUGGCGAAAUUCAACACUUUGAAAAAAUCGAGGGAAACACGCUCCCAAUCCCUGAAGCCGCGAAGGCAUUGACAGAUCCUUUCGUUGCUUUCUACGAUGACAAUGGGAAGGUGAAAGGGAUAAUAGUUCAUAAGGAUGAGCCUGGCUGGUCCCGAAAUAUGAAGCAAUCGAUAGCGUCGAUGAUGCAAUUAGACCUGUUAUCGAUGAAUUUGGAGUGGCCCUUGAAACCGCACGCCUUUUUGACCAAAGAGAAUACCAUAUAUGGCGAGUGCCUUGUUGCCUAUAACGUUCAACGCGAAGAGUCCCUCGGAAACAAGUUCUUCAAAGUCACGAAAAAUAUGGAGCCGAUGAAGUGUAAUAAAUUCGAUCAGCAGACCUUCGAUUCUCAAGAAGCUGAUACCUGCUUAGUCGAAGAAGAGGACGAUAUGACUACCGCUAGUCGAAGAAUUGUCGAGAUCGAACAUUUGGGAGAAGACCUUCUGAUGCACAAAAUAUCGGCUCACGCUGUCAUCAACUAUUUCCCAUGGAGAGCUCAAUCCGAAGCACACUACAUUUUAGCCAACCAAAGCAUCUUGUUCUCGUCCAUGGAACCAUUGGACAGUAUUACCAUUCCUAGAUUGGAUAUGAAAGAAUCAGUGAGAGUGGACGACGUUACUUACCAAAAAUCGCAGGCCCAUUACGCUCCUCAUGCGGGUGUGGACCUGACCCAUGGACGCCAUGUCGUGAAUCUUGAAGUUCUGACCGCUAAACUCAUAAAAAUGCUGGGUGAAGCUGCUGACUAUGUAAAAGAGAAUCAUUUGGAUAUGACGUCCCCUGAAAUGAAACACGGUCAGACGAUAAACCGGAUAUUACAAGCCAUGACUUUCAUGGAUCUUCCGUCUCUGGAACACAUUUUUAACACCAUCUCGGAAGGAACUUCGCCUAGAGAAGUUAGAAUUGUGAACUUCUUCCUGCACACGAUGCCGUUCGUCGGGACGAACGCGACCAGCUUAUUCAUUCGUAAUACCAUCCGCAAAAACAAAAUAGAGACAAAUCUGGCGACCUUAAUGCUGUUCAGACUACCUUAUAAUGUUCGAAUAUUAUCGCAAGAGCUACUGAUCGAGAUGGAACCCUUGAUGAAUCUUGGGAAUGACGUUUCUCCGCAUAUCCGUAAGGCCGGUAUACUUUGCUUUGCGACACUGAUAUACAAAACUCAGGGUACCGAUGAAUCCCAAGGAAAAAUUCAAUCAGAACUGCUGAAGAAAUACAUCAAACUCUACUUCGAUGGCAUGAUGAGUGAACCUUCCUACGAAAUGAAAUUGGUCUACCUAGAAGCUCUGAAGAACAUCCAAGUUGGCGGGGUGCAUAAGCUCUUGGAACCCAUUAUUCGCGGUGACAUCAAGGUUUCGGAAAAACCCGAUCACCUACGUAUUCACGCGAUGAUGGUGACUUUCAAAGCUUCUCAUGAUCCCGAAUACAUUCACAAUCUAUUCUGGCCAAUCCUUUCCAAUACCAAAUUGGAUCUGGAACUGAGGGUUACAGCCUAUAACAUUCUCGUGCGUCAACCGCCCAGACUCGAUCGUUUGAUGAAUCUAUACUGGUUCAUGGUAUACGAGCCAAAUGAGCACCUGUAUAACUUUCAUUACACGAUGAUGAAAAGUAUGGCCAACUCGAAGAAUUCAUGCAUGGGACCGAUGAGAGAUAUGGCUCGCAAAAUCCUGCGGUUCAUCAGAGUAAGGCCACAAGGUGCUGAGCUCUUGACCGGUAGUUGGACAGUCGAUUAUGAAAACAACAAAUUCGGCUUCGGAGAUUCUAUUUCCUACAUGACGACUGCGAACCAAGUAACCGGAAUGCCUAGCAUCAUGUCAAUCGAUUACACUUCACUCAACAAACGCAAGCCUGUGAAUCACGCGACGUUAUGGCUUCGAAUGGAAGGAAUGGACAAACUCCUCAAUCAGUUUGUCAAACUAGACCCAAAAGCGAUUCCGGAGAGCCAUGAAAUUUCUGUGGAAAGUGUAAUAAAGUUGCUGAAAAAGGCUAGCGAAGAUAUGCCUCGUGUACAGCCGGUUCACUUCGAGUUGACAGUCAUGAUUCAAGGGCGCACUGUAAUGACCGCAUAUUUUGACGAAAAAACGCUGCCUGAUUUGAUGGAGUCCACAAAGGCAUUCAUCACCCUUAAAGAAGCAGCUUCACUCGCUUGGCAAGACGUCGAGUUCGAUGAACUCUACAGUAAGCAAGUACCGACCGAUCUCGGGCUAACGUCGAUGUUGUACAACAAGAUUCCUAGCGUAAGAACCAUCAAUGGAAAUCGUAUGACGCCUCAGCCUCCGCAGUCAGGACUGUACGGCAUAACUUUGGAAAUGAACGCGAGACUUUGGCGUCACGGAUAUCACUUGAUGGGCGCUUACAAUCCGAUAGUAGACACCUGGCACUCCGUACGAAGAAUGACGGCCUUUGACGCUAGCCUCCCCAUAGCGAUGAGCAUCGGAUACAACGCUGAAGCUAAAAGUCUCAAAGUGACCUUGCCAAGACUUCCGUUUACCGAAUAUUCAAUCUCCGGAGUUCGAUCCUACGCCAAAAACUACGUGAUGGUCACGGGCGCGGAAGAAGGCGUUCUAGAAAAACAUUGCACUAAUUGUAAUCCUACAGAACCCGUCACGUUGGGUCCAAAAUAUCGAAAGAACACCACUAUGUUGAAUCUCGACUCAAAGGACACCGGAUUGCACUACAGCGCGCACAUUUACGACUGUGAGCGGAUGUUUUCGCCUGUUACCCGUUUGAACAUUCUCGGCGAGAUUGCAGAUAAAACGAAUAAGUGGACGUGGGACGAUCCCACCGUGUACGGAUUAAUGAGCUUGAGAGAGGCAUUCCUUUACGGACGCCUAAAUCCUGAAUUUGGAACAUGCGGUUAUAUUGCCAAGAUAGAGCCGAGUAUCAUGUAUCCAACUUCGCAAGUGGUCAUCAACAUACGUACAAACGUGGAAGAAACAACAAAGAUGUUGAACUUCUUCCCAGGGACAAAGAUCAACAUCCGUGCGACGGUUGAGGCGAAGGCUGCAGCUACCGAUAUUUCUGUACAAUCUUGGACCGUAAACGCCAACAUUGGUCUUAAUCCAGGUCAUAUAAAUAACCAGUUUCAAAUGCAGAUUACGAGAGCUACGCCAGGGCAAAAGGAUCUGAAGAUUUGUAUCGAAGGUAACAAAAUAUACCCGCCGACUGAGAUUGAUCCUCUUAACCGAGUGAUCGCAACAAAGCAAGAAACGCUCGCAAAACUGACAAUGACCAUGGGAGAAACGGAAGAAGCAGUUUGCGUUCGUGAUGGUAUGUCGGUGGUGAUUACCAUGAAGGGACAAAUGUCCGACGAGCAAAAAGUGGCGGUCCAGAACGAAAUGAUCAACGGAAAAUGUCAGAAGGAUGUGGAAAACCCGAUUUAUCUAUUCGCUGAAAGCUCUAUAGUGCCCAGGACACCGGCUUGUCUCAGCGAGGCCAUCCUUCGUACCACCCUGAGAAAAUAUACCUACACCAUUCUUUACAAGAACAUCCCUGAAAACAUUAUGAAUAAAAUACAUUCGGCGACUGACACUACUCACGCCAUUGUGCUUCCAUGGCUCACAUAUCUACCGGCUCACACCGAACCAGGCAUAGUAAAAGGUUCAAUCGAAUUCCCCAUGACGAAUAACGUGGUGAACAUGAAUAUUCGAACCCCGAUCCACGAACAAGUAUUGACAGGCUUUCCAUUGAUGGGCAGUGAAUCACUGACACCUCUCAUGGAUAACACUCGGUUCUCCUGGAACUUUUUACAAAACUUGAAAGACAAGGGAAUCAAACUCUGUGUGAUUUAUCCCGAAAUCCUCAUGAACACCGACGGUGCUGUCAUGCCCUUCAAGGUUCCUGCCCAGUGGACACUGCUUACGGCUGAUCAUUCUACACACGUAUUCUCCGUUUUCGUUAAACGUAUCGAGCCACAGAAACUCGGCCUUCUGAUGCUCGUCGCUGACCACGUGAUAGAAAUUAUACCCUCCGUAACUAAUCCGAAGGUUACCGUUGACGGUAACGUCAUCGAUUACGUCGACGGGAUCAUCGUGCCCCCAGAGACGAAAGCCUACGCUCUACGAGCCACUUGGAGCCACGGUCGAAUGAUCAUCCAAUCAUCUCUGACCGAGUUUGUCCUCGAGUGGACCGAACGAUCGGUCGGAUUGGCGAUGAGCGUCUUUCUUCAAGGUAAAACGAUGGGUCUUUGUGGUCACCUUGAUGGUACGCACGCGAAUCGGAUGACGAAUGUUUAUUCGCUUGACCAGUAAAAGGGCAAGAAUUGUAUUAUUGGAGGCACUAUCGAAUUUUAAUGCUGACCACUGAAUUGAUUUUUGUAACAUCCGUAUAAUAUGUAUUUAUCAUUCAAUUGUUAAGAAAAUUAGUGCUAGGAAAAAAAUGUUAAUAAAUUACUAGUAAAAAAAUAA